ACUAUGAGCAAAGAACGACUGCUGAAGAAACCUAGGUUUUUCAUUACGGAUUUUUUGAUUAAAAAACCUCCUAUUUGUUUCAAUGAUACACUUUGUACUUCUGUAGCUUUACCCGUAUUUGAUUGCAGUAUUAAUAAACCUUUUGAAUCAACCGACGUCCUCUCGCAAUCUCUUACUUGUACACCUAUUCAAACGAUGUUAACAGAAACCGAUAACGAGGCAUACAAAGAUAAUUCUCAUCCAGCCAGUAAUGAUAUUGGUUGUAUUUUUUUGGGUGACGUAAGAAAUAUUGAAUAUGCGAAAAAACUCAAUGAUUUAGAAAAAAAGAAAUUGAUGACUGAACAUUGGAUACCGGAUUCUUCUGUGGUUGAUUCUGAUGUGGUUGAAACUGCAAGAAUGUUUUCUUCUGUAAUUGGGUAUCGAGUCUAGGAAACUAUUCAUAAUGAAUAUUUGUAGUGGAAAGAAUUUUGCUUGCAUAUGCAAAGCCAUCCUUCAACCUUUAUUAGCAGCUUUAGAUCUAAUUCCUGAUAGAUUGGCAACCAUCAAGACACUUCUUUGGAUUUUCUCUACUAUUCCAAUCACAACAUGUACAGCUGAACGGAGCUUUAGCGCCAUGAAUAUUUUAAAAAGUCCUUUGCGUAACCGAACCAAUAAUGAGCAUUUAACUGGCUUGGCAUUAUUAUAUAUUUAUAAUGCCAUGCUUUUAGAAGCUAACGACGUAAUUGAUAGAUUUGCAGCUAGUAAGAAGAGACGCUUAGAUUUUGCAUUCUAGAUUUUGUUAUUUAUCAAACAAAAACCCUAUUAGUCUAAAAAAAAAGUGAAAUUAUUUCCCGAGGAAAUGAAACUAAUCUAUAUAAGAUCUAUAUAAGAAACUAACUCCCCAUAGUUCAAUUCCAAUACCAUCCGUCGAUAUCUUUUUAUUCGUAAUUUCCAAAAAAAUUACGCUAACCACUAUUGGUAUCAACAUCUCUCCCCCUCCCCCACCAAAAAAUCCUGGAUCCGUCACUGUAAACUUCCUUAAAUGAAUGUUCUCCCACUCACUGAUAUCUUUUAUAUUUAAUGUAGAUUGAUAUAGGUUGGUGU